GCGCGCGCGAGCGAGAGAGCGAGUGAGCGAGCGCGCGGCCGACGGACGGAGAGAAAGAAAGAAAGACGGAGAGUGAGUGUGUAUGCGUAUGAGUGUGGUGUGUACGCAAAGAAAAAGAGACAGAGAAGGAAAGAGCGAGAAAGAGAGAGGGAGAGAGAGAGAGAUAGGGCGAAGCAGCGAGACAGAGGUAUCGAAGAGGCCACCGGCCGACUUCGGUGCAGGACAAGACGACCCGAUGUCGGGAGCGGGUCGCGACCCCGUGUCGACCCGCGGUCGUCCCCGUCCACGUCCACGUCCUCGUCCUCGCCCUCAUCCUAGUGCAUCGCCGUCGCCGUCGUCGUUCUCGCCGUCGUCGUCGUGCGUCAUAAAAGCAGCAACUGCGGACGCAACGAUAGCAGCAGUAGCGGCAGCAGGACGCUCCACGCGUAAAUGUGCCCCCGUGCGCGCCCAUGUGCUGCACCUCCUUCUACUUCUCUGCCCGCUGCCCCUACGUGCCCUGUAAAUUCGGAGCACAUCACCCCGACUAGCACGCCCGCACUCGCGCGCACUCGUACUCACGAACAUGGCCAAGAUCCUCAACAAGGACCCCGUCACGUACGAGAAGGAGAGGGAGAACUUUCUCAAGGACCUCCGACACUUCCACGAGACCCGAGGGACACUCUUCAAGAAGUCUCCAAGAAUAAAUGGAAAGGAUAUAGAUCUGUAUUUAUUAUAUGUGGUAGUGACCGCUCAUGGAGGAUGGAUUAAGGUCAAUACCAGAAAUGAAUGGGCGUCAUUGUGUGAACAAUUUCACUUGCCCAGCGGUUGCAUCAAUAGCGGUGUCGGCCUUAAACAAAUUUAUCUUCGGUAUCUGGACAGGUACGAGAAAGUCCACUUUCUAGGCGAGGAUGGUCAACAGGCUGAUGACGACGACGAGGACUCCAGGCACCGGAAAUGGUCGGCCAGAGCACUGCACUCCGUUCCUCUUACUUAUAAUCAUCACCAACACAAUAUUGCAGAAUCGCUACGCGAUUACAAUGGACUCUCGUCCGACCUUUAUAAGCCCUCGAAUUACGACAAACUCGCGCUAUCGCUUCUAUCGCCAUUGCCGAAUGAACAAGAUUUCGCCAUCAACGUAUGUACCCUCCUAUCGAACGAGGGCAAGCACACCCUACGGCUUGACAAGUAUCCCCGUCUGGUGAAUAUUCUUCUGGCGCACGCUGGUGUCUUUGACUCGCCCGGCACGCGACAACUCUUCAUCGAGGUGUACUCGCGUGUCCGUAACUACUCAAUUAACUCUUUCUGGUCGGACGUGCUUGAUUCCCAAGAUGUAAUAGACCUUACAAACGAAAGGACCUUUAUGAAGAAACCGCCUACGAGUCUGCCGACGUUUUCUAGACGGAAGACCCUGGAAAAAGAGAAGCAGAGCAAACAGGACGUCGCCGCGUUGACGACAGAAAACGAGGAACCGACGCCAUCGAUUGAUAUUGAAGGGGUACUUUCGGAUUGCUCACGAUUGGAUUCACUUGUCCUGCACUCGGACGAGAGUCUGAAAGAUCAAAAUCAGAAUUCAAUCAAGUUCGAGGACGAGGACAAGGAUCUGUUUUGCGUCGGUCGGACGUUAGGCACACAGGAUCCGUAUGGGCAGCGCGUAUUACAGAUCGCGUCGAUCUUGCGAAACCUCAGCUUCACACCGGAGAACGCGACGAUAUUAGGCAGGAAUCGGUGUUUCCUGCGAUUCGUGCUGCUAUGCAUAAGAGCAAGAUGGAGUAAUCUGCAUCAACUCGGUUUCGAUAUCCUAGGGAACAUAGCGAACGAAGUUAUAUUAAAAGAAGCUGGCGAGAGGAUAACAGACGUCGUCCUAACGUGCGUAGCCAAGGGAAUCGAGUCCCAAGACAGGUUUAUUGUUAUAUCCUGCCUGGAGGUGCUCAACAAGAUCAGUCAGCAAGAUAGUAAUGAAGAAAUUGUUACAUUCGGUUUGGCUGACAAUGUAUAUGAACUUAUAUGCAGAUUUCUAGCUCUAAGCGACAUAGCCCUCUUAGUGUAUACUCUGGAAUGUCUGUACGCUUUAACGUCGUUGGGUGAGAGACCAUGUACGAGCGUCGCGCGGGUCCGCGGUGCCAUUGACACGCUGGUCGCUCUUGUUACUGUGGAAGCGCAGAGUUAUGGUCCAAAGGCCUGUAUUCUUAUGCGAGUAGUUGAGACGGUAUCCACAGUAGCGGCACAGCAGAAUAGCACAGGACAAGCCGUUGUCCCUGCCACUCCUGCUACGCCAGCUACAACGACUACAUCCGCGUCCACUCCGUCUACUCCGGCGACGAUUACCGCGACACCAGCACCCGCCAGUCCAGCGUCUUCUCGACCUACGACUCCCGCCGCGACCUCAACCAAGUCGACAACGCACAAAGCGGUAGAGACAGCUAAUGCGAUCCAACAACAGAAUGCGCAUCAGCAGAUUAUUCAAGAGAACGAACAAUUUGCUCUUGGCUGGGUUAAAGCGACCUUCGAGCUCGCACCUGGUACGCGCAUCGAGCAGGAAGAAUUGUACAAAAAGUAUCUCGGCUGCUGCACAAAAAUUGGUAGACGAGGCGUCAUAGCGCCAUUACAUUUUCCCAGAUGUGUCAGAUCCGUUUUCGGCAAUAUCGUGGGACCGAAUCCAUUGAAGGGCGAAAAUACCGGUACCCAGUAUUACGAAGGCAUCCGAGUACGGGCCACACCCGCGCCGAUUACUUAUCCGAGCCAAACUACCACUGCUGUCGCGACUAAUACACCUCCGAUACCGGCGGUCAACACUCCAGUAAAGGUGCUUCCCGUUCAACAGCGUACAGUCAAGAAUAUAAGUCCCGCCCCCGAUAGCACAGCCGCUCCCCAAGUCGAUAGUCCCGCCGCGUCGUCCGGGACACAAACGACAUCCACCCCCGCGUCUCCUAUCCUCAAGGCCCAAUUGUCCGCACCGCCGAAACCCCCGUCCAACAACACCUCGAGCCAGUCCCAAAAUCCAGUGACCAAGGUUGAUUCUAAAAGUCAGGUAUCAGUAUCGCAUCCGCAUCUGAGCCAAGCGUUGCUAGCGAGCGGCUCCCAAACGCCGCAGCAGCAGCCGCAGCCGCAGCAACAGUUACAAUGUAUCCAGGUAGUUGCUAAGGAAGAUAAUCGAAGUGGCACUACGUCGAGUUCCAUAAUAAAAAGCCUAUUGGCUACUAAGGUAACAGUCAGCAGCGACUGCAUGCCCAGUGCUGCUGCGACUUGUGUGUCUACCCCUACUGCCUGCGUAACAAACACUACUGCUAGCAUCGCAUCCAGCAUCAGUGCCAACCAGCUAAUAACCAGCAACCAGGUUGCCCAACGUCAGCAGCAGCAAAGGUUAUUGCAGCAACAGAUGACGGGUGUGAUUCAACCUGCUGCACCCGCGGCUACCCCGGCUACGAUACUCCCAAAAACGCCCAUCAACGCUAAGCAGAAACCGGCAAUCGCACCCAUUCCUGCCAAAAAGAUACAAAGGCUCAACGGGGCCAAGUUCGUUGUGACUAAUAAUUGCGAGAAGACUGAAGUAAAUGAUAACGAUAAUGCCAACCAAAUUAUCACGUCCACGACCACGGUGGUAAUGAAUUCGACUGAGAAUCACAUAUCUUCCUCACCGGCGAAGAUCUGUCGUCCGCCCUUGACGACAACGGUCAACGUCGCCACCGGCAUACCGAACAAGACGAAUCAACGCAUGACAUGCACUUCCAUCGCCGAGGAUUCGGAUUCUACUAAUAACUCUUUGGCGUCCAGCAGCGGUAUCGGUGGUAGCAGAGAUUGCUCCUUCAGGGUUGAGGAGGAAAACAUGCCGACAAGUUUCGAAGGUAUUCUUCUCAAUGGUGCGCCGGCGAGUAACAAUAUGGACAUCGAUGCCCAGGAGGAUGGCUCGUCUAAGGAUUCGUCAAGCGUGGGUUCGAAGGAAAAACCGUUGCAAAGCAUGAUGUUGGUGGAUCUGCUUGAGAGAAAAGUCGAUAAGGAACCGAUUCUGAACGGUGUGCUAGGCAAGAAUUCGAUCAACGAGAAAGAGAUGGAUUUAGUGGAGAAUCACAUCAAGAAAGUGUUAAAAGAAUCUCCCACCGAACUGAAAAUAAAGCCCGAUGUGGAGGGCAGCAAUGUUAUACAGAAUGAAGUAUCCGAGGAUACUUUGAUCGAAGCGCCGCGAGGAAUCAAGAGAUCAGCUAGCGAAUCAGAUGAGCUGGAUAUCAAAAAACCGAAAUAUUCUAACGGCACGAUGUCCCCCGACCCAGCGGUCGACUCGACCACAGCUGAAUCUACAGUAUCGAGUAUAAAGUCUGAGGAGCAGGAUGAUGAUAAAGACAGCGAGAAAGCUACCGUUUCCUCCACUGCGGCAAAUCUCUAUGCUGCUUUGGCCGCGGACUGCAUAGAGGACGAGAUGGACCUGGAAGACCAAGUAAAUAUUAAUAAAGAUACAAUAAAGGAAGAAACGUCGGCAACAAUACCAACGACGGUGUCAGGGGCAGCGACAGCAGCGUCGACAACGACGGCGGGUAUAAUGACGACAACGGCGACACCGACAGUAGCAGUGGUGGCGACAGCAACGGCGACGGUAGCGAUGGCAGCGACAGCAACAGUGGCGGUGGCGACGGCGACUCCAGCUUCUCUUCCUCCUCCUCUUCAUAUAAAGACGGAAGUGCCGCCGCCGGUUCUCGUGAAGGAAGAGCCACCGACUCUGCACAUCAAAGAAGAACCUCACAUAUUCAUCAAUCAAAUUGCAAGCAUUAAUCAGGUGUCGCAGUCGCAACCACCGCCGACGCAUCAGCAACAGCAACUCAUAGUUGCGACGCCUAGACAGAUAGUCGUGCAGCAAACGAUCCCGUCGACCAACCAAGUGAUUAUUCCCACCACAUCGGUGAAAGGCAGGCCGCCUCCGCCUCAACCACAGGUGCUGCUACAGCAGAGUGCGGGUGGACAGCUGCAGUAUGUAGUAUCGGGUGGUGUACCCGGUCAAAACUAUGUACUAGCACAACCACAGACAGCUCUGGUGCAAGGACAAGCGCAAACAGUCCUCGUGGCGCAGACCACGCAGCAACAGGGGACUGGUACUAAGACGAUUAUCAUAUUGCAACCGCAGGCCGCCGCGCAACCGACUCCACAGAAGAUGGUUGCGGUAACGCCACAAGGACAGCAAGUAGUCGUGACGCAAGUUCCUCGUCCGAUCCUGCAGAGCCCUGCUCUUGGCAACAUCCCGCCGCCCCUUGUACCUACGUCUGCCACUAUUCCGCAGACCUCCAUUAUAGUCAACAGCUCAGUGGCGCAAACUAAUCCGAACACAGUAACCGUUACGAUCCCGGCGAUGGCCCAGCAAACUCCGGUAUCUACUAGUGUGCCGUCUAGAGUGGUGACGCCUACACCGGCAUCCACGCCACCGCCUACGAGACCCACAACUCCGCAUCAAGCGGCAGCUACUCACGGCGUAUCCGCUGCGAAGUCACCUGUCACCAAGGUCAUAAAGACGGUGAGUUCGUCAACCUCCACUGAGCCGGAGUCGAAACCUUCCACGAGUCAGCAGCAGCAGCAGCAACAACAGUCGCCACAGUCGUUACAGGAAAAAACCAUUACCAUCAAAAUCGACCCCAAUGCUUACUUAUGCGAGUGGCGAGGUUGUCUUAGGCAAUUUAAAACACCGCAUGAAGUCUAUCUUCACGUUUGCGAGGCCCAUUGUCCGAACGGUGGCGAAGAGAUAUUGUGUCUAUGGGCGAGUUGCGACGCGCUCAAAAGACGCAAGUUCUCGUUAAUGACACAUCUUUAUGAUAGGCACUGCAACGCGGAUACGAUGUCGAUGAGGAGGAAACAAUUGACAGUGACGGGUAAAACCGAAGUUUCCACGUCUGCACCCCCGACUCCGCAUCAUCCCGGAUAUGCACCCAAUGCGGCAUUCCACGCUAUUAAACGGCAUGCUCUGGAAUUUGUUAAUCCUAAAGAGUUAAUGCAGCAAAGGCCGACCAAGCCCGCUGCAGCCACCUCAAGCUCUUCUUCCCCCAGACCUGGGCAAAAUUCUCCACCAGAACAGGACGACAACGAAGGUCCAGUGACCAAAAGUAUUCGCCUAACGGCAGCUCUCAUUCUUAGGAACCUAGUCAUAUAUUCAACACACGGUAGAAGGCAUCUUAGAGCGUACGAGCCUCACCUGGCAGGCGUGGCGUUAAGCAAUGUCGAAUCAUCGAGAACAAUCGCACAAGUCCUUUACGAUAUGAACGACCAGAGUAGCAGUAGCCAUCAUAGGUGACCUCUUGAAUCAGGCCUCUAAAAAGCUCUUUUAAUCUUGUGAGCAGCGAUCAACUUAUAUUAUUUCGAAUUACACGGGGGGAAGGGGGGGGGGCGAGUGUAUAAGUUUAUAAUCACUCGCAAGUGCUGGUACAUGCACAUGAAUGCAUUCGUACGUGCUUAUGUACGUAUGCUUAUGCGUGUGCUCAUGCAAUUUAAAGGACUGGAAAUAGAAAAGAAGGGUAUCGAGGAUAAAUGUUCCAUAUAUAGAAAAAAAGAGGCCUAUAAACUUACUAGGCAAAUCAUUUUGCCAAUUUAGAUUAUGAUAUAAACUGUAACUAUAGUGAAAUAUGAAACAAAGACAGUUAGGUCAAAUGAUACGGAAAAGUGAUAACCAGUUUACAAGAAAGAGUGCAUAUAUGUGUGUAUAUGUGUGUAUGCGUAUGUAUGUGAUAAAUAGCGGAGGAGAAAGAGAAACGAGCGAAGAGUGAGAAAGAGAAUGCGAGCGAACGAAUGAGAGAGAUGAUAUUUCAGAUUUAAUAUUAAUAUUUAUUUUCUCAACAAGAAAUGUGGAAAAAGUGUUUUUAGUAAACGUGUACAAAAAA